ACAAAUGCUAGCUUGAGUUUCAGGAAGAACAAGUGACGCAUCUACCUAUGUUAUAAUCUUUUGUCAUUCUUCACGUAACGCUUUGUGAACUAUGACUAUGACCAGUAUGAAUGCUCUUUUAUUUCGAGAUUUGUUUUGAGUUGUACUUAACUGACCCAUUACUAGUGCCAUAGGAGCAAAGUACCAUGACAACCCCACUAGAGCACAAAGGAACCAACAAAUGACACUAUAUAACUGAAUGUUGGGUCCAAUUUCUGUUACAACGUUAUUCCAAAUAGCUUCACUUCGAAUAUUCACGUUCGUUUAUCACAAAAUACAGAGCUUAAAAACUAUCAUUCGAAUAUGAGAGUGACCAUCAUAACUUGUAUCUGCGAUGGAAAGACGACCAGAUGAUGACGUUCUAUCUAAAACUUGUCUACGAUAAAACUCAAGACGUAACCGUAUAUCUCAAAUGUGACAACAACCCCACCAGGUCGUUGGCUGUGUCACCUCGUAUGAAAAAUUCCGAGUUGCACAAGCUACUCCAAGAGGAGUACAACUUACCCUCAUUGGUAAUUGAAGCAAAGUGUGAGUUUUUUGAGCGACCAGCCGACAAGACUAUUGAGAACAAUAGUGAAGUUGAGCUGAGUCGAAGCAAAAUUUUCCAGCCGACAGUUGUCUUAUUCGUACAUGAACAAGAUAUAGCAGCUGGAUCUUCAAAGCAACCAUCCGAAAAAAAGCCUGAAGCAGGCGAAGAAAAAAUUUUGAAGUCUAAACCUUGCUGUAUUGUUCUUUGAUGUAGAAAAUACUAUCAAAAAAGUGAUCGAUUUAAAUAUCAAUGCCUUAUUUGCUACGCAUGUUUUAUACGCCAGAGAGUCUCAAUGGUAAAAAAUGGUCAGACAUGAAUUCUC